UAAAUAUUUCGUGUGUGAUUGUAAUUUUUGUCUUUCAUUUCUUCGACGUGAAAUACUUUUUUUACUGAAAAUGCGGGCCGUAAUUCAAAGAUGUAGAAGUGCAAGCGUCACAGUUGGUGAUGAAGUCAUAAGUUCUAUUGGAAAAGGAUUAUGCAUCUUGAUUGGAAUUUCAAGGAAUGAUACUAAAAAAGAUAUUGAUUAUAUGGUACGGAAGAUAGUAAAUCUUAGGAUAUUUGAAGAUGAAAACGGAAAAAGGUGGACUCAUAGUGUACAAGACAAAAAAUAUGAAAUUUUGUGUAUUAGCCAGUUUACUCUUUAUUGCACUUUGAAAGGAAAUAAGCCAGAUUUUCAUCACUCAAUGGCAGCUGAUGCUUCUGAAAAAUUUUAUUCAGAUUUUCUUUCUUCUAUGAAGGCAGCCUAUUCUGAUGAUAAAAUAAAAGAUGGAAAAUUUGGAGCUCUUAUGCAAGUUAAUAUUCAAAAUGAUGGACCAGUCACAAUUAACUUAGAAUCUCCUAGGAAUGAAGGAGAAGUUGCAAACUGAACAAGAAGACUGAAAAUUACAAAAAUUUUAAACUGACGUAAUUUUAGUUAUGUUAAAAAUUAAAGCUCAAUUGGUUCAUGCAUGCAAUACUUUUAUAGUUACUAUUUUUAAAUAUUUAUGUGCUUCUUGGAGCAUCUAUAGCUUGAAGUAAUAUUUUUUUCUAUUAAAAAGCCAAACAAAUGUUUGUUAUGUAUUUGCAAGGAAUGUAUUUUUGCAUUUCUCAUUUUGUACAAGGAGGAGUCAGAAAAUAAGUUCCCUUGUUGACUGUGGUCAAAGUUGUGCAAGAAAGUCAAAAAAUAGAAUGAGGCAAUUAAAAUGAGACAGAACUUCAGCUUUCUGCAUAAGUACCAACGAGGACAUUGAGACAUUUGUCAUACUGCUUGAUAAGUUUCAAAAAGCCCACCCAGAAAAACUCAAGGCUUUGCAUAUGGAAGAUGCGUUUAAUGACUUGUUUGACUUCAACAUUGCAUUCAAAGCGCCUUCCGCCAAGAAUCUUCUUUAAAGACGAGAAAAGAUAGAAGUCACUUGAUGCAAUAUCAGGACUGUAUGGCAGCUGGAAUGGUGUAGGCACUCCCAACUAAAAGUUCCAACAAGGUUUUGAAUUGCUGUCACCAACUGUGGUCUCGCCUUGUCAUUCUAACAUCACAAGACCAGGCUGUUUUUUCUGAAUUGCCCCCUUAGCCCAUAACCAUUCAAUGCUUCAUCUGUAUGCAAAGUCCUGGUGUUUGCCUGGAGAGCCUUUUGAAGCUUAUCAAGCUGUAUGACAAAUGUCUCAACAUGCUUGGGACUACUUAUGUUGACAAAGUUUUGAGGUAUAUUUCAUGUCUUCUUAUAUUAUUUGACUUUCGUAUAUACCUCUGUUCACAGUAGCCAGAGAAAACUUAUUGUCUGACUCACCUUCAUAUUUUGUGCACCACAAGCGGCAAUUGGUACUGAAAAGUUGGGGGGGGGGGGAGACAACUAAAAACUGUCGAAUUUUUUGCUGCAGUAAAAAAAUGAAAAGAAAAAAAAGGAAGAAAAAACUACGAAACUUUGUGAAGUCUGGUUUUGAAAGCAUAUGAGUAGUAAUUGAUGUAAAUUUAACAGCUUAACUCACGUUUUUCUUAAGAUUUUGAUGAAUUAUGUACACAAUAACUUUCCCCGAAGAAACUCUUUGACAUAAAUUAGGAUUACAUUAUUUAGAACCAAAGUAUUUUGAGAUGUCACAAAAACUUGGUAAUCAUUUUAUUAAGUAUGGCUUGUUUAAGUGAAACAAUUGAUUUACUAAUUUCUAAACAGUGAAUACAAAAACUAAAAAUUACUGUUUGUGCUAAAUAAUGUUUUGUAAACAGAUAUACAAAGUAAAACAAAUAAUUAUGAUCUGAAAAUUUUGACAUUUCUGCUCUUUUCUAUAAUUUCUAGUUUUGGUUUUUAAAUUGGAAAGUAAAAUAUAUUUUCUAUAAAAAGUGGGGAAUGCUCCCCCCCCCCCCCCUUCGAAUCGUCGCCACUAUUGUACACUAUAGUGAAACCUCUCUUCCUUGCUCAAAACGUUAUUAAAAAAUGCAUUAUUCUCCAUCUUGAUAGUUUUAAUACCUGUAAUCAAUAGAUAAAAGUAGAAAUCUUUUAAUUUUUGCUAUUAUUUUUAUUUACUCAGGUAACUGUUAUAAUUGUAUUGUGUUGUUUAAAAAGUGUUAUUGAGUGGUUUAAAUUUUAAAAGUUUUGAAGUCUUAUGCAUUGAAAAAAAAAUCUCAAUUUUUGUAUACAUGUGUGUGUGUGUGUGCUCUGGCUAUGCAAUGUCCAGGAGACCCCAUAACACCUACACAUUUUGUAUAAAAUUACUUCAUACACUGGAGGGAGGGGGUAAAGCGCCUCCAAAUGUUUUUUAAUUUCAAAUUAGUGUUUUGUAAUUAUUUUUGUGGGCUAAAAUUUUAUGUGAAAUGCCUAAUAGGGAAGUGAAAGUUUCUUCACCACUUAACAUUUUUUAUCAUUCAUGACUUCUCCCCCCCCCCCUUUUUUUUUACACAAUAUGAAGCUUUUUUGUGUCAGAAGAAAAAAUAUUUCCUCAAAAUUGUAUGUUGUAUAUCAUAUUACUUUUCAUAAAAAGAGCUUCAUAAUAAUGUGCAGAUUAUUUUGGCAAUGGUCAAAAAAAAAUCAUCUUGAUCAUUGUGCAGCUAAAAUUGGGUGUCUGGGUCUUUGCAAUACAUAAACCAGGGCUGUGGAGUUGGAAGGAAAAUGGCAGACUCUGACUCUUGAAUUUUGAAACAUCCUACUCCAACUCUGGCUUUUUUUACUUAUUUAUUAUUUUCGUCCUCAUGGGAAGGGGAAAAAACUCCCAAACAGAAAUUGAAGUAUUAAUUUCUUUUUAUGAAAUUUUCGUGUUGUAUUUUUUUUGUAAACAUAAGAUGCAAUUUUAGAAAUUCAAUUCGAAAAUCAAAUUUUCCAAUAGUUGCGAUUUUAAAAGUGAGAUUACUAAAAAAACCCAUUUUUAAAAAAAAAUGAAAAGGAUUAAUUUGUUCUCCUUUAAUGUUUAACAAAUUGAUGUUGAUCAAAUCAUGUGCUUUCCAUUUUUUAAAGCUGUAACUUGAGACAGUGGAGGAUCCAGACGAUCCUUUUAGGAGGGGCGAAUGACUAAUGCAUUAUGGACAGGGACUAAUGAAAAUAAAAUUCAAAAAAAAUUUAAGAACUGAAGCACGAUUUUUUUUUCUGAAUAAUGUGUGUGAUGUAAAGAGUUUGAAUGAAAGUUGAAAGUGUGUCAAGUACCAAGAAGAAAAAACUAAAACUUGAAAAAAAAUAAUAAUAAUAAGUAUUUCUAUUAAUAGUCUGGAUCCAUUAUUCAAAUUAAACCCAUCAACUUUUGAUUUGUUUGAGGACUCAUGAAGUAUUUUCAGCAGCAUUUAAGUCCUCAAUUGUACUUUUUCCUUGUAAAAAAAAGUUGCAUUAUCAAGAUAGCAUCUCUUUUUACCAGUUUUUGUACCAGACAUAAUGAAAUACAAAAAUUGCAUUUAUGAAUAAAAUUUGAAGA